UCUAAAUUGUAACCAGCUGUCUUUCUGUCAGUUUGUGUCGCGUGUAGAUGGGUAGUGUUUGUUGGUUAACGCGAGUGACAUCGCGAACUUAUUCUAAACGAUAUUUAUGAGGCAAAAUGAGCGCCACAGGAGGAAUGUUGCCCAUGUACUACUCCAAUAAACCGGUCUCCUUCUGGAGGUUCUUCCGGUCCAAAGAGAAAAUCGUCAUAUUCUUCGUGUUUCUUACCUUUUGCAUGGUUUGUUUUGGUACGUUUUUCUACCUGCCCGAGUUUAGGGGCUCGGGCGGCCGAGUGUACGAUCAGAUUAAACGAGCGGGCCCUGAUCUUCUGAUCCCACCGCCUCUCCAGAUGGAAGACAGUCGGGAGACUCAGCGGUUCAUUCGGCAUGAAGAAGACGCCCGAGAUGACCCCCAUAUCCUUGAUGAUCGUGAAAAGUUAAAGGCAAAAAUCGAUGAAGAUCGCGAACUAAAGGUCCUGGAACGGCCCGAUCAGGCCGACCAAGUGGCAAAGCGAAGCUCCACCGGAAACCCGCCCUUAAACGCUCCAGAUGGGCUCAAUGAGCCCAUGAACCAAAUUGACGAAAUUGUGAGAGCUUCAGGUAUUACGGUGCCACCGGCAGCGGCCAAUCAUUACCCAUUGAGACAAGGAGGAGAGGACAGAGAGGAGUCGGUGCGAGAGAAACGGGACAAAGUUAAAGAGAUGAUGAAACAUGCUUGGGACAGUUACGUGAAGUACGCAUGGGGCAAGAACGAGCUGAAACCGGUGUCGAAAAAAGAGCACACUGGAAGCAUCUUCGGCUCCCAACCGUUAGGCGCUAGUAUUUUGGACAGCAUGGACACCCUUUAUAUGAUGGGCAUGCACGAUGAGUUCAAGCAGGCAAAGGAUUGGAUCAGCACCGAAUUCCAUAUUGAUAAUGUGGUUGCUGAUGUAUCCGUGUUUGAAACCAACAUCCGGUUCAUCGGCGGUCUUCUAACAUGCUACGCCCUAACUGGGGAGGUUUUAUUCAGGGACAAAGCUCAACAAAUCGCUGACAAGUUGCUGCCUGCUUUUAACACUCCAACUGGCAUUCCCAACGCAUUGGUCAACUUCAAAAGUGGAUCCAGUAAGAACUAUGGAUGGGCUAGCGGCAGCUCAAGCAUCCUAUCAGAGUUUGGAACGCUUCACUUGGAGUUUUCCUAUCUGAGCGAUAUGACCGGAAAAUCCAUUUACAGGAACAAAGUGAACAAGAUCAGGCAGGUUUUGAAUACCAUUGAGAAGCCGAAUGGGCUCUAUCCAAACUACUUGAAUCCCAGAAGUGGGAAAUGGGGCCAACAUCACAUGUCAAUGGGAGCCUUAGGGGACAGUUUCUACGAAUAUCUGCUGAAAGCGUGGCUGCAAAGUGGCAAACAGGACAACGAAGCUCGGCAAAUGUUCGACGAAUCGAUGGACGCAGCAUUCAGAUACAUGCUGCACGAAUCCCCGGCUGGAUUGACUUAUUUUGCGGAUCUUAAGUUCGAGCGACUCGAACACAAGAUGGAUCAUUUAGCGUGUUUCUCGGGCGGAAUGCUAGCUUUGGCGUCCAGAACCUUGAAGAACGACCGCGCUUCGAAAUACAUGGACGUGGCUAAGAAGAUUACGAAUACUUGCCAUGAAUCGUAUGUCAAGACGCAUACAAAAUUGGGUCCAGAGGCUUUCAGAUUCUCCGAGGGCGCCGAGGCCAGAGCGCUCAAAAGCUCAGAAAAAUACUACAUUCUCAGACCGGAAACGAUAGAGUCGUACUUCUACCUGUACCGGCUGACCAAAGAUGAAAAGUACAGAGAUUGGGGCUGGGAAGCCGUCCAGGCGCUGGAGAAACAUUGCAGAGUCCCUGGCGGCUACACGGGAAUCAAGAACGUGUACUCUGAAGAUCCCCAGCAGGACGAUGUGCAGCAGAGUUUCUUCUUGGCGGAAACGUUGAAGUACCUGUACCUGCUAUUUUCCGACGAGGAUUUCUACUCGCUGGACCAAUGGGUGUACAACACGGAAGCCCAUCCGUUGCCCAUCAAGGGCGUCAACCCUUUCUACCGAGAACCAGCGGCUUAACGUGCGGGCAUCGCUAGUUCAUCCAGGAUCUCGCGGAUCGAUGCCAAUGAGAGCUACUAAAAAUCAACGGCCAGGGAACAAAUCAAAACAACGCAUCGAUUCAAAAUCAGUUUAUUUGUUUAUUUUCGCACACUGAUACAAGGCCAGCGUAAUUUUCCGGCUGUCUGACCCUGUACAGUUCGUCUAGCUCUGUGUUGAGCAGCUGGAGCCAAAGAGGAGUGAUGCGAUACACUAGAAGCUCUCUAGGAAUAUCGUCAAUGCCUUCAAAUGUGACUAGGGCAAGAUCAAUCCCGAAGGAAUGAAAUCGGCACAUUGUAUAUAGAUUCAGGGAGGUAAUUGUUUUCUAUGAAAAUGUAUUUAUUUACUGUUUAAUUGUAGAUAGUAAAUUGUAGAUCCAAAAUCACCCCCCAGCCAGCCAACGACCUUUUUACGUGUAUAGUGACUUAAUUUUUAACUCUUUGUGCCCGUGCAUUUUUUUAGCAAAUUUUUACGAUGUACAUAGCCGCGCUUUAUUACGAAAUUAUUCCCAGUAGAUAAUUGUUGAGUUUUUUGUUACUAAAUUGAGAUUUCGUGUGAUUGUACCAACUGGUCUGACGGUGGUUGAAAUAAAAUCAACCACAAAUACGCCUGUAAAAAUAUUAUUUUUCUAAACGAGUCCAUCCGAUUCCCUUUUUCAUCUGCUUUGGAAAAAUCUCUUGAUCUUGUCACUGCUCUAUUCUUCUGUGAAGACUGAUUAAUGUAAGCGAAAGGAGCAGCCACUGAAAUCGCAAUUGGGCGUGCUGAACUGAAUAGAAGAAUCGUCUAUUUGAUUAGAACAUGGGUGUUCCUAAACUGUACGUGGAAUGGAUUUUUGUGCACCAAAGUGUUUCAACGACAUUCUUUACAUUUUUUUCGUUGUUUCUGUGUUGCUCAUUUCACCGGUUGGACGCAAAAGUCCUCGAAACACUUUUAUCUAAUACUCGUCUCCGAUGUGUAAAUGACCAUUACAUACGCGUAAAAUCCCUAGUGUAAUAAUUAGCGUUAAGAUUAUAAAGUAUGAAUUUAGUCAAUGGGCAGUGGUUUAUUUAAAUGCAUAAAAAUCGUUCAUCGGCUGUAAAUAGUAUUGUUGUUAGUUUUAAGGGCCUAGUUAUUUAUGGUGUAGUGCAGAUUGUUGUAACUUGUAACAUAUUUUGUAAAUGCGACAGAGUACGAACUAUUAGGAGAAAUUUACCGGAUUUCAGAUCUUUGAAGUGAAUCCUAAUUGUUGUCGUUUAAAGAAUGACUUAACCAAUCGUGGAAAGUUGCCUGAAACACUAAAAAAUAAAAAACACUUCUCUUAAAA